UAAAUAACCUUUUUCUGAAGAGUAUUUCGGUAUUUAAAGUUUAUCUGCGAUUAUUACUUCUUUGGAUGAAAUAAUAUAAAAUCACUCCUUGAAUAAACAAAGAUAAAAAUGGAUUCAGAAAAUACAGAAUCUAAGCAGGAACUUCAGAUGGUGAACGUUAAACGAAAAUUGAAAAAACGUCGUGCUAGUGAAAGUCACAUGGAGGUGGAAGUGGUUAAUGGCAUAGAAGGAAAAGUAAACCAGCAUACAGCUAAAAAAAGAGCAAGGAAUACUAUAGAACAAAGAAAAAUUCCAGUACCAGCUCACAGAUAUACACCUUUGAAGGAAAAUUGGUUGAAGAUAUUUACACCUAUUGUUGAACAUUUACAAUUACAAGUACGCUUUAAUUUAAGAACGAGGCAUGUGGAAAUUAGAAGUGCACCAGACACCACAGAUAUUUCAAAUCUUCAAAAAGCAGCUGAUUUUGUAAAAGCAUUUAUCUGUGGAUUUGAAGUGGAAGAUGCUUUAGCUUUACUACGUUUGGAUGACUUGUUUGUAGAAACAUUUGAAAUAUUGGAUGUUAAACAGACAUUAAAGGGUGAUCAUUUAUCUAGAGCUAUUGGAAGAUUAGCAGGCCAAGGUGGAAGAACAAAGUUUACUAUAGAAAAUGUAACAAAAACUCGAAUUGUAUUAGCGAGUAGUAAAAUACACAUAUUAGGUUCUUAUCAGAAUAUACAACUAGCCCGUAGAGUAGUAUGUAAUCUGAUUAUGGGCAGUCCACCUUCUAAAAUUUAUGGACACUUGAAAAACAUAACUGGUAGAGUGUCAAACCGAUUAUAAGGUAGUUACAAAAUAUAUCAUUUAAACUUUA